GUCACUCCCGUGGUGCUACGUGGAGGAGACAUGUCUGAGAGUGAUGCUCUCCCGCCUCACCUAGUCCUGUCGUCCCCCCAGCGCGUACUCCGGCAGCAGCAGGAGUUCACCUCCCUGGAGGAGAAGCCGCAGUUUCCUGGAGCCUCGGCCGACUUUGUGGACAAGCUGGAUUUUAUCCAGCCCAACGUGAUCUCGGGGAUCCCCAUCUACCGGGUCAUGGACCGGCAGGGGCAGAUCAUCAACCCAGACGAAGAUCCCCAGCUCGCGCAGGAGCAGGUGCUGAGUCUACAGACCCAUGACCCGCUGCCUCAAACGAUUGCCGGAUCUGUACCGAGUACCAGAGGCAAGGGUCGUCCCCCGUGGUGCUUCCCGCACGUUGAGCCCGCGCCUCCGUGGCCGGAAAUGACUGGAUAUCGUGGCCGUCAGCCUGAGCCCAGCCUGCAGUUCACAAGGCUCCCGCAGCCACCUUGGUGCCCAUUAAUCCCAAUCCGCAGCCCCUGCUACUCCAGAGCAGAGCCUCACAACAGGGCCCAGAGGCAGAGCCCUGCCCACCUGGCUGGCCGGGGCGAGGGAGGCUCUGGGCCAAUCUCCCCAGCCCCCUGCACUAACCCCUCCCCCGCCACUCUGCCCGCAGCCGUGGGGGCCGCCUACGCCUUCAAGCGGGACAAUGCCAGCCGGGCCGUGAUCUGCUAUUUCGGGGAGGGCGCAGCCAGCGAGGGCGACGCCCACGCCGGCUUCAACUUCGCCGCCACCCUGGAGUGCCCCAUCCUCUUCUUCUGCCGCAACAACGGCUACGCCAUCUCCACACCCACCUCGGAGCAGUACCGCGGCGACGGCAUCGCGGCCCGUGGCCCCGGCUAUGGGAUCAUGUCCAUCCGUGUGGACGGGAACGACGUCCUCGCCGUGUACAACGCCACACGGGAGGCCCGGCGCCGAGCCAUCGCCGAGAACCAGCCCUUCCUCAUCGAGGCCAUGACCUACAGGAUUGGGCACCACAGCACGAGUGACGACAGCUCGGCCUAUCGCUCUGUGGACGAGGUGAACUACUGGGACAAGCAGGACCACCCCAUCUCCCGCCUGCGGCACCACAUGGUGGGCAGGGGCUGGUGGGACGAGGAGCAGGAGAAGAGCUGGAGGAAGAAAUCCCGCAAGAGGGUCAUGGAGGCCUUUGAGCAGGCAGAGCGGAAGCUGAAGCCCAGCCCGCAGCACCUGUUCUCGGAUGUGUACUGCGAGAUGCCCUCGCACCUGCAGAAGCAGCAGGAGGCGCUGGCGCGGCACCUCCGGCUCUACGGGGAGCACUACCCCCUGGAGCACUUCGAGAAGUGACGCCCCAUGGCGGGGGAGCCCGCUCACCUCAUCCCCUCCUGCACCCGGCAGCU